GGAAUUCAUCACGAUUUAAGUACAGUUGCGGGGCAAGACGAACAUGGUGCAGAUGAUGGUGAACCAAAUUGGAGAGCAUUGUUUGUAAAUGGUUUAGAUGAGAGAGACAAGCUUCUACUUGAGGAGUACAUUUCGGUCCUAAGAAAUUAUAAAGAAUCAAAGAGGAAGCUUAAUGAGUCAGAAAAGAGGAGGAGGGCUGCCCACUUUCAAUACGUAGUUCAGAUAAAAAUACUAAGAAAUUCCUUAGCCUUAAAGGAUGCAGAGGUUCAAUCCCUUUUGAAGAAACUAAGCUCACUCAAUGAGGAACAAGUGGAAGCUCUAAAGUCAAGUGAAAGCACGACAUUACCUGGCCUCGAGGCUAAAGAUGAUAACAUAAAGCGUCAGGAAGUGCACAGAAAAACUCUGUCUGAAUAUUUGGAUGUUCCAAUCACGGGGGUUGAUCCUGCAAGAGAAGGAUCAACAUCGAGAGAGCAAUUGAAGCUAUCUAGCAUUCAAGAGUAUGAGGAUAUUAAGAUGAACAGCAUUGAAGAAAAGAUAAACACAGACAUCGAUGAACUGUUGGAAGAAAACAUCGAAUUUUGGCUCCGCUUCAGCACUUCUUUCCAUCAGAUAAGGAAGUUCCAGAGUGCUGUCAAAGACUUACAGGACGAACUGCAGAAGAAAAGGCCAAACAAACAGAAGCUGGAGAGCAAACCGCUAGAACAACUCUCUGAGAUCCGACCUAUUUACAGGCACUUGAAAGAGAUUCAGACCGAGUUAACGCUAUGGUUAGAACAUAGUGCAGUGCUAAAAGAUGACUUGCAAAACAGGAUGUCAUCUCUUUGCAACCUCAAAGAAGAGAUAACCAGGUUUUCUCAGGAAGGCCCUCAGGAAGAAGGUAAUGAUCUGAGCGUCUGUCAAGCUGCAAAAUUACAUGGUGAGAUUAUUAUCAUGAAACGCGAGAACAAGAAGGUAGCAUGUGAAUUACAUGGUGGGGCAAAGCGUGUCGAGAAGCUGCAGGCAGAGGUUUGGAGGACUCUCCAAGAGCUAGAUGAACUUGGACUAAGGAGGGACAAUAAAAGCUCUCAGUCUAAGAUUCCCUUGAGAUCAUUCUUGUUUGGAGUGAAAUUGAAGAAGCAGAAGCAGAGGUCAUCACUCUUUGCAUGUGUCAGUCCAGCACUGCAGAAACAGUACAGUGAAUUACCAAGGCCUAAAUAGAUUCCUGUUUUUCUUUUCCC